AUGGAUUUGGUUUUCACAGGCUUACCAACUUCAGUUCUAUCCCGAAGCUGCGGCACGUCAUGCCCAAGGCAGGCCAGCAGGCCUGACAUUUCGGUGGCGAGCAGAAAUGGCAAGGCAGGCGAUGCUGGGGCGAUCCUCUCGUCUGUUGCCACCUUCGGCCACAGGCUGGCAGCACUGGGUCUCGGCUUAACAGCUGUGGCGCUGCGCAGAGAUUCCAGGUCACGUGGUGAUGGCCGGACCAUCGUCCGAGGCCGGAACUACGAGACAAACAUCAAGAAAAAGAAGGGGCCUGCUGAAAGGAAGCAGGCCAAACUCACGGCAAAGCACUUGAGGAACAUCACUAUGGCCGUGCGCGACGGAGGGCCGGAUCCGUCAGCGAACUCCAUGCUGAGUCGGUUCAUAAAGAACGCGCUGAAAGACAACGUGCCGAGGGACACCGUCGACAGGCGGAUCAAGGCGUUUACGGAGCAGAUGAUCGUGUCCUGUCGAGGCGCGUUCAACUUGUUGCAAUUUGUCCAGGCAUUUCCAGAGAUGUACCACAAUCAGGACAUGCUCAUCAAUGCUGGUGCCAAUCAGCAUGUCCCAGAACUUCCGGAGGCAGCAGGCCACCUGACUUGGAGUCGGGCCAUUGCUGGGCUGGGCCACGCGCAGCAGAAGGACGGGUGCCAUCUACUACAGUUCAACAAGGUUCUUUCAGCACUGGACAAGGGAGAUCAGUGGGAGUGCGCAGAGCUGCUGCUUCAAAGAGCUGGCGGCCUCCGGCUGGAGCCGGACAUGUACAGUUUGGGUGCCGGCCUGAGUGCCCUGGCUCGGCAUCGGCACUGGGCGGGUGCCACCUCCGUCCUCCAAUGGGGCCAGAAAGAGAAGCUGCAAGCCUCGGAGGUCAUUUUCAACUCAUUGAUGAGCUCUUGUGAUCGCAGUGACCGUUGGAUAACUGCCUUCGACGUGUUUCGGACUCUUUACAAGGCGCUGCUGCAACCGAGUCCUGCUUCUUUCAGCUGCUGGAGCCGUUGGCCAGCUGCUGCAGAGGCAAUUUCGGCUAUUCGGCAAGAGGGUCUGCAGCCGAGCCAGAUCAAUCAGGGCAUUGCGAUGAAGGCAUUCCAGCUAGCUGAGUUCUGGCAGUGUGCCUUGUGUCUGAUGCAGGAGACAUGGAAAGGAACAAUCAUCAUCGACCAGGUCACGACCAGCUCUGCCAUGACCGCACUGGAGCGAGGUCGGCACUGGAAAAUGGCCUUGCACCUCUCUGGUCCCGGAGCCGAUGUUGUUCGCAUUGGGGCAGAGGCUGCAGCUGCUGCCGCGGCAGGGUGGCUUCAAGCCCUUUCGUGGCUGCGAAGAGCAGCAGAACUGUCGCUGAAAAUCGGUGUCGUUGCUUUUGGAGCAAUUCUCGCCGCAUGUGAGAAAUCUGGCAUGUGGUCCUUGGCCCUUCAGAUACUCCGAAGUAUGACUCUUGCAUCUGUGGAAGAAAAUACGAUCACCUGCAAUAGUGUCCUCAGUGCCUGCGAGAAGGCUGGCCAAUGGUCAGCGGCAGUGGCGUCUGUUGAAGCAUGCCGGAGCAGGAGGGUCGCUACUGAUGCGUUGUCGCAGAACGCCGUGAUAAGCGCCUGUGAGAAGGCUUGGCACUGGCGGAUGGCAACGAUGUUGCUUCCAGGCUCCGAUGAGGUCGGCUGCAACGCCGCCAUUUCCGCUUGCGAGAAGGUCUCGGGCUGGCACCUUGCUGGUGCAAUUUUGUGUGGCAUGCCCUGGCGACGUUUGCUUCCGACAGAGGUGAGCCACAGCUCAGCGCUGACCUCCUAUGCGAAGUGCCAACUCUGGCAAGGCUCGCUGAGUCUUCUGAGAUCUAUGCGGCGAGUGCUGCUCAUCCCGAACGCAUUCACAUACAGCGCAGCUUUGACUGCAUGUGCCUCGCCAACGACUUGGCAGCAGGCAGUUGGCCUAUUGGAAGACAUGCGUUCAGACAAGGUCGUGCCAGGAGGCGAUCUUCUGGUGGCAGUCACAUCGGCCUGCAGCGUUGCCUCGCAGUUCGGAGCGGCUCUUGACCUCCUGACGGAGACGGAAGAGUGGUUGACGGACUUCCUCAGCGACUGCAAGCGGCGUUGA